GCAUGCGUCUCACUUCACUUCACUCCUUGAAACUCGGGCUGGGGCUCAAUUAAGAGACCAUGUCCGCCAUCGGCCGUCCGCAGUCCGUGUUAUUCUUAUUUAAACAAAAUUUUCCAUGAAAUAGCAUUAUCCCGUGGCCUCGAGAAUGGCCAGCUCGGGUGCUGUUCAGGUGAAGCUGGAGCUCGGGCACCGCGCUCAGGUCCGGAAGAAACCCACCGCUGAGGGCUUCACACACGACUGGCUGGUGUUUGUCCGCGGGCCGGAGCACACCAACAUCCAGCACUUUGUGGAGAAAGUAGUGUUUCAUCUGCAUGAAAGUUUCCCGAGACCAAAAAGAGUGUGCAAGGAUCCACCGUAUAAAGUGGAAGAGUCUGGAUACGCCGGCUUUAUCCUGCCUAUCGAAGUGUACUUCCGAAAUAAGGAGGAGCCGAAAAAAGUGCGCUUCGACUACGAUCUGUUCCUGCACUUGGAGGGUCAUCCCCCUGUCAAUCAUCUGCGCUGUGAGAAGCUCACCUUUAACAACCCGACAGAGGAGUUCCGCAGGAAGCUGCUAAAGGCCGGAGGGCAACGAGAUCCUCACAAAAGAAGUUCAGAAGACUCUAAAGUUUCUUGUUAUCCUCAGGUCAUGGUCAUGCAGGAAGGCUCGACGUCUCUGUUCGGUCAGCACCUUAAGCUGCCCACUUUACCCAGCAGCUCACUGACACUCAACUUCUCUGAUGGCAAAAAGAACAAAUCCUUUCCAGGAGCAAAGGACGGGUCCAAAAGCAGUAGUGCCCUCACAAUCACCACCACCAAUAACAGCAUCAGCAGCAGCUCACUCAAGCUCCACAAGCCAUCCAAGGAGCACAAGGACAAGCCUUCCAAAGACUCAAAAGAGUCCAAAAGUGCCUUCAGAGACUUCAGCAGGGAUUCAGGCAAAGUCUCCAAAGACUCCUUGAAGAAACCCAAAGAGAACCAGCCCCUGCGUGAUGAGCAACCCAUUCCUAAGAUGGGAUUCAAAGAGCCCAAGGCCAUUUCUAAGGAACACCGGGCAACUGAGGUUAGCUUCUCGAGCUUGGGCCAAAAUAAACGAAGACCCUCGAUGGACGACGAAGCCCACAUUACCAAAAAACGGAAAGGAAGUUUUUCAGACUCAUCACAGAAACUCCAGUCCAGUUCCAGCUUGGUUCAGCUUCACCACUCGGAUAAAAAGGCUCUAAAGGAAAAAUCGCAGGUCAGGCAUGCCAAGUUAAGGGAUAAUGAGCUGUCUGAGAGAAGAAAAGUGUCUACUUUGCCUCCUUUUCAGGAUGUGGUGGACCCAAAUGACUCUGAUAUGGACGACAACAUUUCUGCUAAAUACGACUCAGAACAGCACAGCCCUUCCAGCUCCAGCUCGAGUUCAGGAUACAGACCUACACACAAGCGACAAGUGCUGGGUCCUUUACAGACGAUAAUUCCAGAUUUGCACUCCGAUGACAAUGAAGAUGAGUCAGAGGAAGAAGAGGACAACGACAUGGACUCAGACAUGGAGCGUCCUUUACACACACACAUGACGCAUCGCCAUCGCAGGGUGAGUUUGAGUGACGGCAGUGAUAGUGAGAAUAGCUACGCCUCCUCACCACUCCCACACAAUGAGGCCCCACCCCUUCUGAAGGCCAGCAAUAAUCAGAUUCUAGACAUGAAGAAUCCAAUGAAGCAGACAAAAGGGGAUAAAAACAAGAAUAUUGACUGUGAUAAGGCAUACUUGGAUGAGCUGGUGGAGCUCCAUAGAAGACUAAUGGCACUGAGAGAGAGACACAUAUUACAGCAGAUUGUAAACCUCAUUGAAGAAACUGGACAUUUUCACAUCACGAACACAACCUUUGACUUUGACCUUUGCUCCUUGGACAAAACUACGGUCCGAAAGCUGCAGAGCUACCUGGAAACUUCUGGAACAUCUUGAAAACGUGUGCAGCUGGCUGCCAUGAGCAGGAACACCAGACCUCCUGAUUGUCCUCCUGAUUUUGUCUCAAUCAACUUGUGGCAAUGUUAUGGAAUCAGCUUCAUCGAGAGUUCCUGGUGCUCUUUCUUCUCUCUGUGUGCCUCAGAGAUGGAUGUGAGAUUCUUCCUGUCCACCAGGACUUCACCUGAAAAGCCUUGAAAAGUCCAACAUUGCCAAAAAAAGGGAAUAAUAAGUUCAUGCGCCAAAAAAACAAUGUGCAUAUUGUUACGAUGUACGAAUGAUGUUUGGUUCUGUUCUUUGUGAUGAAUGCAUGUCUCAACACUGCCUUACACCAUUGUCUAUUUAUUGAGUAUGAUUUUCAAGUGUGUGUGCGCGUGUCCUUGUGCGUGCGUGAGUGUGGCGUGUGUUCGCAUGUGUGUAAGAGCAAAUGAUAUUAAACUCGAGCAAGCACUUGGGCACAGUCAUGUCAUUGGUGUUUUAAGGUGGUGAAGUGUUGGAUUUUUUCACUCAAUCUAACAGUUACAUCCAGCAUGAAAGGAAGAACAAAUUAUCCAUGACAUAUUUACAAGACUGGACAUUUAAAGGCACUGUAGAAAUUGUGGUUUUAGAGGAAAGGACCAUUCUAGGUCUUACUGCUGUUUCCAACAAAACAUUCAUAGUGAGGGUCAAAAACAAUUUUUAAGCGAUUACACAUGAAGGCAGUACCAACAUCGGAAUGACUGAGGAACGUCGUCAGUACUGAGCUGAAAUGAUUGAUUUUAUGGCCAAAUAUGCUUACAUAGUAAGAAUAUGUCUCAGUUGAAAGCUGUCUUAUUGAAUCUGUUGGUGUUAUUUAUUUCAUAGGGACCACAAUCGCGUUGCUUCUGUCUUGGCUGUCUCUAACUCAGUGGGAACUGGUUAUGGGUCUUUUUGGAAUUUUUAGUUUUUCAAAGUUUUUUUUCUUCCUCAAAGUUUACUCUUCAGGUCCACUGAACUGUUCUUUUAUAGACAGCUUGAUCGAUUGCUAGAUGUCAGUGUGGGCUGGUUGUACAGUUGAGCUGUAGGCUUUGAUGGUUGAGUUGUGCCUUAAGGCAAGACCAGUAUGUUUAGAUGGGUUAUUUUAAAUCAAAUGAAUAUGUGUAUGAACUACAGAUUACUUCGAUGACCUGACAGGGAGGGGACUGAAUUAUUGGCACUGUGUGUAUUAAAAAAAAAAAAAAGAAAAAAAAAAAACCUUAAAUGUGUACGAAUUUUUACAUAACUGCAUUUUUGUAUUGUGUUUGUUUUUGAAUGAAAUCAAACCUUGUAUACUUUUUCUGUCUGGAUUUCCCUGAUUUGAGUUUCUGAACCCAAAGAACCUUUAGUUUAGCUAUCAUUAUAUAAUGUUUAUAUGUGUGUAUAAACUUUAUAUGUGAUCAAAAAAAAAAUCUGAAUAUCUUUCCUUUCUUGGAAGGUACUGACCUGAUUUCAACAUUUUUUUUAUCCUUAUAUAAAAUCCAAACAGUCUG